AAUUUAUGAACUGUGUGGCAACGCCUGUACCAUAUACACACGCUGUCGCUGGAUUUGUCAUUUUCCGGUCGUCAGCGUUCGCGCGAGUUUUGGCGAGUGUGCUAAGAAAAAGAUUGCUGAAAAUCGCUAAAUAGUGCUAUUUAAUUAAGUUUUAAUUGACAAUAGAAUACACAUACACACCACCAAUCAAAAUGGCAGACAAACAAGUCGAUAGCGAAAUGAAUGGCGAAGAUUUCACCAAGGAUGUUACCACCAAUGAUGUGGCGAGCUCUGAAAAUGGUGAUUCGACUCCCGCUGCCGGCGCUGCAAAUGGCAGUUCUGAAAAUACAGCCGCUGCGGGUAACCAGCGUGAUGACGACAGGAAACUAUUUGUUGGUGGCCUCAGUUGGGAAACGACUGAGAAGGAAUUGCGCGAUCACUUUGGAAAAUUCGGUGAGAUCGAAAGCAUCAAUGUAAAGACAGAUCCUCAAACAGGCAGAUCACGCGGUUUCGCCUUCAUUGUGUUCACAAACACAGAGGCAAUUGAUCAAGUCAGCGCCGCUGAGGAGCACAUCAUCAACAGCAAGAAAGUUGAUCCCAAAAAGGCGAAGGCUCGCCAUGGCAAGAUAUUUGUCGGUGGCCUGACCACAGAGAUUAGUGACGAGGAAAUCAAAACCUACUUCAGUCAGUUUGGAAAUAUUGUUGAAGUGGAGAUGCCUUUCGACAAGCAAAAGUCACACCGCAAGGGCUUCUGUUUCAUUACCUUCGAUUCGGAACAGGUGGUUAUCGAUUUACUGAAAACGCCCAAACAGAAGAUCUCUGGCAAAGAAGUUGAUGUGAAGCGCGCGACACCAAAACCUGAGAAUCAAAUGAUGGCCAUGCGUGGUGGUGCGCGAGGUGGCAUGCGAGGUGGUCGAGGCGGAUACGGACGUGGUGGUUAUUCCCAUCAAUGGGAUGGCCAGGGUUCGUAUUCGGGCUAUGGCGGCUAUGGCGGUUAUGGUUCCGGUGGCUUUGCCGAUUACUAUACCGGUGGCUACUAUAAUGGAUAUGACUAUGGUUAUGACUAUGGUUAUGGCGGCGGCUUUGAUGGUGGCUUUGGCGGUAAUGGCUACGGGAGCGGCGGCGGCGCUGGCGGGCGCGGUGCCGGAGGUCCGCGCGGCGGUCCCAAAGGCGGCGGUGGCGGCGGCUUCAAUGGUGGCAAACAGCGCGGCACUGGACGCCAGCCACGACAUCAGCCCUACUAAUCGGGCCGUUUGGGAGUCCGACAUAUACUUAUAACUGCAAACUAUUUGAAUUUUACUUAGUUUAGUUUGUUAUGCAUACAACAAAAACAACAAGGAAAACAACACAGCAACACACAUACAUAUACUUUCGCAUACGCAUCCAUACACUUCUAUAAAGCGACUGCUGGGCAGACCUCAUAUUAUGGCAUAAUGCAGUCUAGAGGAGCAGACAUACAACAACCAUACACACGUGUUGUGUAGUACCAUUCCAACAACAACAACUAAAACAACUAAAGCAGAAGCGGCAACUACAACACGUCUAAGAAGCAACGCAUCAUUUAUAUAAUAUAUAUAUAUAUACCAUAUACACACUGAAAGAGAGAGAAAAAAUAUACAACAUAGAGUUAGGCUUGGAGAAAUGUAAUUUUUCAGCAAGUGGCUAAUUUUUCAUAGCCACACGCUCGUUAAGCCAGCAUUGCCCACCAAGAGAACCCACACUGUACCACAUAACAUUAUGCCACACCCACUUGUUCUGUGUGUGUGUGGGUGCGUGUGUGUGUGUGGGGUCAAACUAAUUUGUUUUUUUUUUUAUGUGUAGUCUCAUACAUUAUGCGAGGUAAUUGUUUAACUUGUAAGCAGGGUCAGGCAUACACAGAGAGAGAGAGAGCGAGAGAGAGAGAGGGCGAGAGGGAGAGAAAGAGAGAGAGAGAGAGAAUUACAACACACACUUGCAUACAACACACAAACCUACACACAGAUACGAAAUUCAAAAAUCACAUACGGCAACCAUGUUUAAUAGUAACAGUAAAUACAUAAUAUAAAAUACAAUAGUCGUUAAGUAUUUGUUUAAACUUAAUUAAUUAAUAAUUGUAAUAUGUAAAUCAUAAUAAUUAUUAUCAUGCAACGCUAGGCAGCUGGCGCUCCUGCGGUGCGGGCGGGCUAUCUUUAAAGCGGGCAACCGCCGCACAUUGUCCAAGUCCGCUUUCAACUACAACAAACAACAAAUCCACCAAAUUACAAAUAACAAAUGAUUUUUCCGAUAUAAA